AAAUAGAUUAGUCCCAAAGUAAAAGGGAAAUUUCUAGGCAAAACAACACCAAUUCCUAAAACGCGGAAAAAGUACGUGACUAUCAACGAUCUAUUUUAUCCCCAAACUGAAUCUCUCUCUCACAUACACACAGUAAACCCUAGAUCUAAAAAUUUCUGUAGAAAUCUCUUCCUGAAAUCUUGAAAGAUAUGGGGAAUACUGAGAAAUUGAUGAACCAAAUCAUGGAGCUCAAGUUCACCUCCAAGAGCCUCCAACGCCAAUCCAGAAAGUGCGAGAAAGAGGAGAAAUCCGAGAAACUGAAGGUCAAGAAAGCGAUCGAGAAGGGCAAUAUGGACGGAGCUCGAAUCUACGCCGAGAACGCCAUCCGCAAGCGCAGCGAGCAGAUGAAUUACCUCCGACUCUCGUCCCGCCUCGACGCCGUUGUCGCGAGGCUUGACACUCAGGCCAAGAUGACCACGAUCGGCAAGUCGAUGGGGUCGAUCGUGAAGUCACUAGAGUCGACGCUCGCGACAGGGAAUUUGCAGAAGAUGUCGGAGACGAUGGACCAGUUCGAGCGCCAGUUCGUGAACAUGGAGGUCCAGGCGGAGUUCAUGGAGAGCUCGAUGGCCGGAAGCACGUCGCUUUCGACUCCGGAGGGUGAGGUCAACAGUUUGAUGCAGCAGGUGGCGGAUGAUUACGGGUUGGAGGUGUCUGUGGGGCUUCCUCAGGCGGCGGCGCACGCGGUGGCUACCAAGACCUCCGAGAAGGUGGACGAGGACGACCUCACCAGGCGCCUUGCCGAGCUCAAGGCUCGUGGGUGAGAGAAUUGUCUGGGUUGACUCUUAUGCGUUUAUGAAUUCUAUUGUGUGCUGAAUGAACUAUUUAUGUAAAUGUCUUCGGUUAAACUUUGAUAUGGAUUUAUAUCUACACUUUACAUGUUUAUUGUGUCUAGUGUUGAUGCCUAUGCUAUACUAGUGGCUGAGCUCAGGCUUGGCCGCUCGGCUUUAUGUGGUGCGUUUGAUAUUUUAGAUUCUAUCUCUUGAUGAAAUUAAUGGAGAUGGAGUGAAUUACUUUGUUGGCUUUAUUUUUACCAAAGAUGGAUAUUUGCUUUA